AUGGCAUCAACAGCAAAACCAAAUAUUGGAAUUCUAAUAGCAACUCAAUUAGUUUCAGUUAUUGGUGAUUCUUUUGGUCAAAGAUGUAGUCGUGUAAAUUAUAAACAUUCUACACGUCAUAUGAUGAUUGGGUUAUGUUUAAUGACAGCAGUUCAAAUGUUUAUUAUUAUGGGUAUAUUACAAUUAUCAUUACCAACAUCAAUUACAGGUGCGAUCUAUAUUAAUAAUGCUAAAGUUGAUUGUUAUAAAGAAUUGGAUAUUGAGGGUAAAAUUAUGGAUUGUACACCUUUGAAUUGUACUAUCAUACCUUGUAAAUCACAAGGUCCAUUUUCAAUUUUUAGAUCAAUUUCUUUACAUCCUUUCCUAUUAACUAAUGGUUUAAUGAAUAUUAUUUAUUAUAAUGGUGAAGUAUUUUUAUAUAAAGAACCAUUAGGUUUAUUAUUUUUAGUUAUAUCAGCUUUAUCAUCAACUUUUUUAAUCAAUCCAUUGAAUAUUAUUUUUGGUGAACCAAUAAAUCAACCAAUACCAUUUUUAAUUUAUCUUUUUGGUAUAGGUGGUUCAAUUUUAUCAGUUAUUGAAUUUACACCUAAAAAGAAGAAAAUAGAAAUAGAAGAGGAAGAAGAGAAAAAGAAACUUUUAGAUAAUAAUAAUAAUAAUAUUAAUAAUGGUUUAGGUGGUGCUGAUAAACAGCCACUAUUAUUAAAUAAUGAUGAUAAAGAUAUUGAAUUUUUAGAUGAAAGCUAUAAUGAAGGUGCAGUAUCUUCAAAUACUCAUUUUAGAAAUAAGCAAAAAGUGCAAUCAAUUGAAAAUAUUGAUGAUUCAUCCUCUUCUCAAUCAUCAAAUAAUAAUAAUAAUAAUAAUAACCAAAAUACAGAAAUUGAAGAAAAAGAGAUAUCACACCAACAACAACAACAACAACAUGUAAUAAUUGAAAAUAGUAUUAAUAACAAUUCUGAAACAAGUGUAAAUAGUAAUGAAAAAAGUAAAGGAAUUGAAAUUGGUAAAAUUAUAAUUCGUGCUAUUAAAAUAUUCAUUCCACUUGUAAUGUUGGCAAUUGCCAAUGCACUUUGGAUGGAAACAAGUCUUUUCUAUAAUGAUCAAUUUAGAACCAAUGCAUUUGGAUAUAAUUCAUUAGAUCAAACUUUAUUACCAUUUUAUUUAUUCCCAUUUAUGAUAUUGAUUGAUUUUGUGAAACCAUUGAAAAGAACAUUUUUAAAUGAUAGUGAUCAAAAUGAAUCAUUGGUUCAAGCUGUAAAAUCAACUUGGAAAGAAUCAAAUUUAUUAACUUUAUUCAUUUAUAGACUUUUAAUUAAUGGUAGAGCAAUUAUGUAUUUUUAUUUAGCAAUUGAAUAUGAUUUAACUAUGGUUUAUUUAGAAUCAACAUUAGUUAGAGUAGUUAUGAAUUGGUUAGGUGCAAUAGUAUUAAAUUUAUUAUUACCAAAAUGGAUUAAUGCGACACCUGAAGAAAGAAAGAAAACUUUCCAUCCAAUUAAUUUAAUCUUAAAAUGUGUUGGUACUGCUGGUGUUGUUGCUAGUUUAAUCAUUUUAAAUAAAUAA